CGCGAGAGCAGGCCAAAACAACGCGAAGGGCUGCCCCAAAAGCACCUGACAAGGCCCAAGAUGAUCCUCACGCAAUGCGCCGUCUGCGCCACCGACCUUGGUUUAUCCUUGGGCAAGAAAUGCGGCCGCUGCAGCACACGCUACUGCGGCCCCGCGUGCCAGAAACAACACUGGAAAGAGGGCGGUCACGACCAGCUCUGCAAAAAAAUUAAAAAAGCCGGCGGCGCCGAGCAAUACAACGCAAAUACGAAGUACACGGAGGCCGUGGCGGUCGCAGCGGAGGCGUGCGCGGACGACACGAAGGGCCAGACGUGCUACAUCUGCACGCAGGCCUUGCAUUGGAAGACGAAGGAGGGCCUCGUGCGCGGAUGCGCGUGCCGCGGGACGGCGGGCUUCGCGCACGUGUCGUGCCUGGCGGAGCAGGCGAAGAUUUUGUGUGACGAGGCCGAGGAGAAUAAUCUAGGCACUAAGGCGUUCAAUGAGAGGUGGCGGCGGUGGGAUACGUGUAGUCUGUGCGAGCAAAUGUAUUUCGGCGUCGUGCGGUGCGCGCUCGGGUGGGCCUGCUGGAAGACGUACGUGGGUCGGCCGGAGACGGACCAGCUUCGGUGCUUGGCCAUGGGGCAGCUCGCGGGCGGUUUAUUCGCUGCAAAAAAGUACGAGGACGCGUUGCCCGUCCAAGAGGCUGACUUGUCUCUGAGCCGGCGACAUGGCGAACAGGAACGUAGCAUUCUCGUCGUGCAGGGCAAUCUUGCGGGCACAUAUUAUGCGCUCGGACGAAUGCAAGAUGCCUUACGCCUGCGGCGAGACGUAUAUUUUGGAAAUCUGAGGGUCGUAGGCGAAGAAGAUAGAGAAACCCUUUCAGCAGGUAUCAACUACGCGACGUCCCUGAAAGGCCUACAGCGCUUCGAAGAGGCCAAGUCGCUGCUGCGCAAGCAAAUUCCUGUAGCGCGACGGAAGUUAGGCGAGAGUCAUGAUCUCAUGCUCUCGAUGCGGUCGAUUUAUGCGAAGGUGCUCUACCAGGACCCCGCCGCCACGCACGACGACCUCCGCGAGGCCGUGACGACGCUCGAGGAGGUAGGACCGAUCGCGCGUCGCGUGCUCGGCGGCGCGCACCCGCUCGCGGUGGGAAUUGAGGAGACCUUGCAAACCGCGCGAGCCACGCUCCGGGGGCGCGCGUAAGACGAGG